GCCCAUCCUGGCACACCCGGAUCGAUCCCGGACUCAUAGCCCAUUGAUCGCUCCUUCCCAACUUCUCUAGGCGUCCAGCUCCGGCUCGUACUACUACAUGAGCUCGAAAUCCGGGCCCCGAUGGCUUUCGCCUUUCACCCUUCCCGACGAUGCACGAAGUCUCUCGCUUGCUCCAAGCCGCCGCCGCUCUAUCCCAGCUCCUCCGGGAUGCUGGUGUCCCCCAUGCAUUUCAUGGAAACGUUCUGACGGCCGUACUGUCUGGUUCAUCAUUGGCCGAGGAAAUCUCGUGUGUCGUGGAAGGUGGUGCGGCACAUCCAUUCCGUCGAGUGCGUCAAGCGUGCGCGGGAAACGAGGACUUUUCCAUAGUGACCUCACCAUGGAGCAACCGAUUACACGUGAAAUACCAGCGGCUUAUUCCCGCCAUUGAUAUUGAAAUCCUGCUCGCGGGAGAAGAGGGCCCUCGACGGCUCGACGGCGCAACGGUAAUGGCAGUGGGUGGGGUGCCAUUCCUCACUAUCACCGAGUUCGUACGAGCAAAAGUCAAGGCGUGGGCGCUACGUGGCCGAGAACAAGACGCUCGAGACAUCGUUUACGCGAUGACGCGAUACUGGACCCGAGUAGAUCUCAACCGCAUCCCAGAGCAGGAAAUGAACGACUUCGUCGCCCGUUUCCCUGCCGUUUCCCCUUCAUGGCAGGAGCUAAAACGAAAAUAUGGCAUGUCAUAGCGACACACAAAAAUAUUCGCCGCGUCGUAUCUAUUUCUUGCCAUCCAGCGGCGCUGUGCCCACGCACCCCACUUUGCGAUAGCCUUAUUGCCUUAAAAUUCUGUCGACAUCCUGUAAUACUAUCAUCACACUUCUGUUCUCG